AUGACAACUUCACCAACAACAAUCACAACUCCAACAACAACCUCAACUGCAAUAUCAACAACCACAAUGCCAACAACAACAACCACAACUUCACCAACAACAACCUCAACUGCAGCAUCAACAACCACAACUGCAACAACAACCACAAUGCCAACAUACAACAACAACCACAAUGCCAACAACAACCACAACUUCACCAGCAACAACCUCAACUGCAGCAUCAACAACCACAACUGCAACAACUACAAAUCCAGCAACAACGACAAUGCCAACAACAACCCCAACUUCACCAACAACAUUCACAACUCCAACAACAACCUCAACUGCAGCAUCAAUAACCACAACUGCAACAACAACCGCAAUGCCAACAACAACAACCACAACUUCACCAACAACAAUCACAUCUCCAACAACAAUCUCAACUGCAGCAUCAACAUCCACAACUCAACAACCUCAACUGCAGCAUCAACAACCAAAACUGCAACAACUACAACUCCACAUCAACAACCACAACUGCAACAACAACCACAAUGCCAACAACAACAACUACAUCAACAACCACAACUGCAACAACUACAACUCCAGCAACAACAACCACAAUGCCAACAACAACAACCACAACUUCACGAACAUCAAUCACAACUCCAACAACAACCUCAACUCAUCAACAACCACAACUUCAAAAACAACUACAGCUCCAGCAACAACCACAGUACCAACAACUACAACUGCAACAACUGCAACUUCAACAACACCAGCCACCACUCAAACAACAACCACAACUUCAAGAACAACAACAGCAACUCCAGCAACAACUGCUACUUCUGCAACAACCACCACUCCAACAACAACUACAAUUUCU